CAAAUAUACUUUAUGAAUUAAAAAAAUUAUUUGCUCAUUAUGGUUUUAGUCUAAUUUGUAAGUUAGAUUAAUUCAUAUAUACCUAUUCCUGAUGUAUGCAGAGAUGUGUAUUCUUACUUUGAUAGCAAUGGAAAUUAGUGUCUAUAUUGCUCCAAAAACUGCGCUCUUUGUUCUUCAAAUAAUAAUUGUAUUUAAUGCUAGCAGGAUUAUUAUCUAAAUGAAUAGGGACAAUGCUUAAGCGACUGCGGAACUAGCUUAUUAAAAGGCUUGAACAGUUUUUAGUGCUAUAAUUUUUCUGAUAUAAAUUGUUUAAAGUAUAAUUAGCAAAAUGUUUGCAUUGUUUGUAGAGAUGGAUAUAUUUUAAAUGAUGAUGGAAUAUGCAAAAAUGUGUUAUGUUCCUAAUUUAAUGGAAUAUAUGAUAAUACUAUCUAAAAAUGUUCCUUAGAUGGAUUUUUACUUUCUGAUUACAGCAGAGAAUAAAAUGGUUUAACAUAAGAUUAGGAUUCAUUUGAUUUUUAAUAUUCCUCUCUUAGAGAUGAUCUGAAUGAAUAAAUAGUAGAAAUAAUUGUCUUAGAGAUUUUAAAUCACAAAAUAGUUAUUGGAAGAACUUUACAAUAUAUUGUAUUUUAUGAUUAUAAAACAAUGUCUGCAAUAAACUUACUUGAUAUGCAAGCUCCAAUAACAUAGAUAAUGGCUGAUGAGAAAUAAGCCAAAUUAUAUGUCCAAAUCUAGCACUGUGAUUAAUCAGAAUACUUCAAAGAUUAUGUAUUAAAUACUUUGAUUUAUAUUGAUCUAGCCUCAUAUUAAUAAAAUAUAAUUGCUUAGUAUGAUGAUAUUGUAGAUUAAGCUUUGUUUACAACCUAAUAUUUUAUAUUAAGUAGAUAAAAAAACCUAAUUAUAUUUUCAAUAGAUGAUUAAUCCAUAAAAAAAAUAUAAACAGCUAAUGAAAUAAAUAACUUUUGUUUUUUAUAAACUGAAGGAAUUGUUUUAUUUCAAGAUAGUUCAAAUAAUUUUUACUUAACAAAUCCUUUAUUUACAGCUUAUAAUUAAAUUAAUUCAAGUAAUAGACUCAAGCCUAUCAUAAUUAAAUCGAUUCUUACUUAAAGCUUAAUUUUUACAUUUUAAAAUAACGAAGAUACUUUUUAACAAGAACUUUUAGUUUACAAACUAUAAAAAUAAGUAGACUCUUCAAAUUAAAUUCGCUACAACUUAGGAGAUGUAUUUUUUAUAAUAUUUAUGAUUUCAAAUCAUUAAUUUAAUUUUUUAGUAAGUUUUAAAAUAGUAGUUAAAAGGAUAAAAAAUUUAAACAACCAAUCUGUAGGAUUUAAUAUACUUGAUUUUUGA